AUGGCUUCCGUCACGUCCCUCGACAAGGACCUGCGCAAGCUGCGCCUCGACAAAUACACACCCGCCGCUGCCAGCGAGGCCCGUUCGUGGAUCGAGGAAAGACUCGGCGAGAAACUCCCUUCGCCUGAUCUCCUCGAAGCCCUGAAAGAUGGCGUUGCCCUGUGCAAGCUCGUCAACAUGGCCCUUCCUCCGCCCGGUGUCAAGUUCAAGCAGUCCGCCAUGCCCUUUGUCCAGAUGGAGAACAUCUCUAUCUUCCUCCGCGCCUGCCAGGCCCCGCCCCUCAACCUGCACCAGCACGACAUCUUCCUCACCGUCGACCUAUUUGAGCAAAAAGACCCGACCCAGGUAUUGCAGUGCCUCGGCGCCUUUAGCAGAGCUGCCAACGCCGCCGACCCCGUCACCUUCCCUACCACCAUGGGACCCCGAUCGCGAAUAGGAGGCGUGAGUCCCCAGGCCACCGGUCCCGCUUCCCCGAUAGCCCUCCGCAACAGGGGUGCUUCCAUCGCCAGCAACUCCUCCUCCGCCUACGGCGCCUCCAGGCCAGUUCUGCCCCACCGGACCGGCUCACCGAGCCGUGUCAGCACCUGGAGCAGGAGGGAUCAAGAAUCCGUCACGUCUCCAGCGUGGAACAUUGCCCAGUAUGGCUACAUGGGGGGCGCCAGCCAGGGCAACCUGGGAAUCUCGUUUGGUGGACGGAGACAAAUCACCGGGGCUGGACCUCAGGUCCCUAGCCUUGCUGAGAAGGAGCGCCUUCGAAGAGAAGAGGAGGAGCGCCAACGCCAAGAAUCAGAGGAGGAGGAGGGCCGCCGCCGCGCAGAGGCUGAGGCGGAAGAGGAGCAGGCCAAGAGAGAGGAAGAGCGCAGGUGGGAGGAGGAGACGGAACGACUACGCGAGGCGGAGCGGCGCAAGGCCGAAGAGGAGCAGCGCCAAUGGGAUGAACAGGAGCGGCAAUGGCAGCAGACGGAACAGAAGCGCCGCCAGGAAGAGCAGGAGGCGCAGGCCCGCCUCGAAGAAGAGCGCCGCCGCGUCAGGAGCCGGAGCGACAACCGACUGCGAGGCCAAUUUUUGAGCCAGUACCAGGCCGAGCAGGACGACGCGGACAGUAGCCCCAGCGGCCAGGUCAGGGAGCUGGAAAAGGCGCUCGAGCUAGCUCGCCAACGCGAGGCCGAGUACGAACGCGAGCGCCAACAGCGGGCCCCGCGUCCUGGCAGGGCCGUCAGCGAAAAGGCGGCGCCUCGCCCGCCGCCCCCGGUCAAGAGCUCGAGCCGUGUCAAGACGCGCGUCGACUCAUGGUCCAAGAACGAGCGCGAAUUUCUACAGACACAGUGGGAGCAAGAGCAGGAACAAAAGGCGGCGCAAGAAGCCCAAGUGGCGGCACCCGACAACGCCCAGCCCGACGCCGAGUCACCCGUCGCCUCCCCACGGCCCCUGCCCGACCCAACCGCCGCCGCCGGGCCCAAGAGCAGAAGCUCCACCGCCGGAAGCCGGCCACUCCCCGAUCCAGCAAAGCAUAGCUCCCCAGCGACGCCGCAGAGCCGGACGGACCGCCUCGUCAGUGCCGGUCACACACCGGCGUCGCAGCCGUCGCCUUCGCAGCCGCAACCGACGUACUCGCAUGAGCUCGACGCGACGGCGAGGCGCGACGGUGAGGACCGGCGCCGGGUGCAGAGCCAAAGCAAGGCCAGGGCCGACGCGUGGGCGUCCAAGUCGCUGCUCGAACGCGAGAUGGAGAUGGAGCGCCAGCGCCAGCGCGAGUGGGAGGAGGCGCAGAAGGAGACGGCGAAGGCAGUGCGCUCGGGCGACGGCGGCGGCGUCGACGGCCGCUGGGACGUGGGCCAGUGGAGCGGCUACACGGGCGGCGACGGUCAGAACCGGGGGACGCAGGGCAUCGGGGCCGGGAGGAGGCAGAUUGUCGGCCCGCGCCCGCUGCCGGGGUCCAAUCACUGA